AUGGAGACAUUCAAAGUUAUAAAGAAAUCCUUCGUGUGUGGGAUGAAGAAAGUCCGGCGACUGUGUCACUGUUGCAAACCUGGCAAGUCCAGUUCCCCCUUACCUGCCGCCCCAGUCCAGAGUGCAGCCUCUCUCCCUGCCCCACACUCCCUUCUCCACUCCUUCGUCUUCCUGAACUCCGAGGAAUUACAAAAAAUUCCCCGUAUGACGAGCGUGGGGGAGGGGUCGUAUGGGGUGGUAGAGAUGGUUUAUUAUAACGGUGCUAUCAUGGUUUUGAAAAAGCACAAGAAAGUGACCUUAGAAAAGUUUAUAGAAGAACAUUCGUUUCACGUAGCCCUAGACGGCGCCGGAGGAGCACCCCGUGUACGGGCAGUCUGUGUAGAGGAACGUGCCAUGAUCAUGGACUACACUGGCAUGUCCUAUGAUCAAUACCUCCGCCGCUGCUCACCAAGAGAACAGUUCCACUCAUUGCUUAAAGUCGCCGAGGCACUCUCUGCUUUACACUUAAAAAAUGUAAUUCAUAAUGAUUUAAAGGAAAACAACAUAACAAUCACCUUCCCAGAGGGCAACCCCGUACUCCACAUUAUCGACUACGGCUUGGCCACAAAAUCCGGAGUUACGGUCAACCACGGUCAACAUUACAGGUAUUGGAAGGCGCCGGAGCUGUACACUGGAGGGCUUACCUCGCCCGCCUCUGACACCUACUCCUUUGGAUAG